GGGGGGGUGGGGGGGCGCCAAAGCUCCGGGAGUAGAUGCCUAUCGUGAUCCAGGGAAACCCAAGUAAUGCGACCGAAAGUAAUGCCGUUUUUAAGGACAAUUGUGCUGUGCGGAUUCAUCUACCUGUUUUUUGUUUCCUGUGGACUGGCUUGUGGUCCUGGCAGAGGUUAUGGCAAACGGCGACACCCGGGAAAACUGACGCCGUUAGCGUACAAGCAAUUCAUUCCAAAUGUCGCGGAGAAAACCCUUGGGGCUAGUGGAAAAUUCGAGGGCAGGAUCACCAGAAAUUCAGACAGAUUUAAGGAACUGACUCCAAAUUACAACCCUGACAUUAUCUUUAAGGAUGAGGAAAAUACCGAUGCAGAUCGACUCAUGACACAGCGAUGUAAAGAAAAACUCAAUUCGUUGGCCAUUUCAGUCAUGAACCAGUGGCCAGGAGUUCUACUGCGUGUCACGGAGGGUUGGGAUGAAGAUGGGCAUCAUUUCGAGGAGUCAUUACACUACGAGGGACGCGCCGUAGACAUUACCACAUCAGACAGGGAUAAAAGCAAAUAUGGGAUGCUGUCGAGGCUCGCCGUGGAGGCAGGAUUCGACUGGGUCUAUUACGAAUCUAAAGCCCACGUGCACUGCUCAGUCAAAGCCGAAAACUCAGUGGCUGCUAAAUCCGGAGGAUGCUUCCCUGGAUCAUCCUUGGUCACGCUCAAGGAUGGCAUGACUAAGUACAUCAAAGACCUCAAGUUGGGCGACAAGGUCCAGGCUGCCGACGAAGAGGGCAAUGUCGUUUACAGCGAUUUCCUCUUGUUUAUGGAUCAAGAUACACAAACACGGAGACUAUUUUAUGUCAUCGAAACCACAGAACCGAAAAGGAAACUCAGAGUCACAGCUGCACAUCUGAUUUUCAUUAUUAAUUCAACAGAAAAUUCAGAAAUGUCUAUAACAUACGCCAGUAAAGUGAAGCCUGGCCACAAAGUGUUUGUCAUCGAUGACACCGUGGGUAAACUGAAGGCAGUUACAGUGGAAAGGAUUCAUACUGAGGAGUUCCACAGCUCUUUCGCCCCACUGACUGCACAUGGGACCAUAUUGGUUGAUCAAGUGCUGACAUCUUGUUACGCUGUGAUAGUCUCUCACAAAUGGGCGCACUGGGCUUUCGCACCUCUGCAACUGAGCUAUAGAUUCAUGUCUUUAUUUGUCCCAGGCGGAGGAUCGAACAUUACCUGUCAAGUGGAUGGAGUCCACUGGUACUCAAAGAUGCUGUUUCAUGUGGGUACUUGGCUGCUGGACAGAGAUUCCUUCCACCCACUGGGGAUUCUGAACUGGAUCUGAAACACCAAAUAUCUGUAUUGAUGAAUGAUAUCAAAUUCAAAACUGAAGCCCAAUAAGACCCAGUGUGUAGUUCCUUAAUAAAUCAUUUGUAUUUGAGGGAUUUAACUCCUCAAGAACUGAAACUGAUUCAAAUGCAUGCAAGCUCACCUGGUCAUAUCAAGAUUGAAACUAAAUAUAAUCGGUGGGACUGCUGAAGAAUGUUGCUCAUAAAUGUGAAGCUGAAGUAUAUGUUAUUGAUAAGCAAAUAUAGUCUGUGCCCAUAAAUUAUAUUUUUAUACACAGUUUGUACAAUAGAUUUUGACAAAUUGGAGGAACCUAUCGAAUCACAAGAUUAUUUAAAAUACUGUAAGAACUAUAGGUUGGUUUAAUUUAUUCAUGUUACAAAAGCUGGAUUUUUGGACAUGCAAAACCACAGUAAACCACAGCCACUACUUAGCAUGAUAUGAAGCAGAACCCUAUUAAAAUACACUCUCAUGCGUUGAAUUCCCACAGAACAAUGCACAGAUCGUUGAUCAUUGGGUGCAUAUCGGGACUUUGAGACUUGGCUACGUUUUGGUUAUUAUUCAUACUGUAUCUACAGAAAGAGGAUGAAGUUUGCCACUAUCCAAUAUUCUCUAUAUUUCUGUCAGUACAAGGUGUAUUAGUGCCCAGGACCCAGUGGAUCUUAGAUUCACACAUGGAAAACUAUUCUUUUGGCCUCUGGGCUUUUUCAAACACAACAAGAUAUUUCAGAAUAAGACCCGUGUUAGAAAUGAGUACAGCAAAUCUGAGUUCACACUAACAUUACUAUGGGUAGUAUUUCUGAUCUUAAGUCCCAUCGUGGAUCAGACUGCCUGUGAGCUGUACUUGUCUCCUUUUAAUGCCACUAACAGUUCUGAUGCCAGCGUGUUGUAAUCUGUAUUAAAGAUAUUUAUUUCACA